AUGGGAUUGUGCGAGAUGAAGCACAAGCUAAACGAAUUAGUUAAAGACUUUCAACCUGAUAUAAUUGGUAUUGCGGAACCAAGAGUGUCAGUUUCUUCUAGGUCUGUUAAAAAAUUCUGUAUUGAUGGUUUUAGUAGGUCGAUUAUUCAUAAUUCUUUGGAUACGGUUGUUGGUAAUUUAUGGGUGAUGUGGUCUUCGAAUAUUGCUGAUCCGGUUGUGGUGAAUUGUUCUAAACAGGCUAUUACUAUUGGUAUUGAUGGUGUUCAUAUUUCUUUUGUGCAUGCUAGCUCAGUGCAAACUACUAGGAGAAAUCUUUGGAGGCAGUUAGAUAUGGGAGCUCUUCAAGUGCCGUGGCAAUCUGGAGUUCAUAGAAUUAUUAGUAGAUUAGACAGAGGGGUGAUUAAUGAAUUUUGGUUGAAUCGUUUUGAGAAUUGGCGGUGUAAAGCUCUUCCUAGGGAAGUUUCCGAUCAUUCUCCUCUUAUUGGUUUUCCGUUUGUUAACACAAGACCAAGAAGAGCGCCUUUUCGAGUUCAGAAAAUGUGGUUUGGGCAUCCUGAUUUUAUGCGAAUGGUUGAAGAUAGUUGGAAAGUUCCGAUUGUUGGUUCUCCGGCUUUUAUAUAUCCUCAAAAGCUAAAGCGACUUAAACAGGCUCAACUUAGGAUUGAAAGUGUUAUGCGUCUUUCAGAUGAAGACCCUUCAGAUGUAGACAAGUUGAAUUUGAUGAGAACUGUGGCUGUUGAAGUUAAUGAUAUUAGAAUGAGUAGUAAUACUAUUUCGGAAUUGGUGGAUGCUAAUGGGGUUACGUUGACUGAUUGUGAUCAGAUUCGUAAUCUUAUUGUUGAUUAUUAUGAGGCGAAGUUUAAUGGAGAUGAUUCAGUUCCGGUGGAGACUCUUUUUAAUAUUGAUCAUAAUAGUAUUUCCCUUGAGGAAAGUACUAGAAUGGAUCAAUUGCCUUCUUUAGAAGAGAUUCGCGCAUCAGUUUUUGAUUUGGAUGCUGAUAGUGCGCCUGGACCGGAUGGCCUUCUCAUGUUGUUGCCUAAAGAGAGAGGUGCAAAUACUCUUCGUAACUUUAGGCCAAUUGGUCUUAGUAACUUCUUUUCUAAGAUUUUUACCAAGAUUUUAGCUACUAGACUUGGUGGAGUUUUGGAUAACUUGAUUUCUGAGGAGCAAGUAGCGUUCAUGAAAAGGAGAAAUAUCCAUGAAAAUAUUAGUCUCGCUUCAGAGAUGGUGAAUGAGACGCAGAUUAAGCGGAAAGAUGGUAAUGUUGGGUUUAAGCUUGAUAUAACUCAGGAUUUUGACACAGUUAGUUGGACUUUUAUCUUGGAAGUGUUUCGAAGAUAUGGUUUUUCUGAGAGCUGGUGUGAUUGGAUUCUUCAAAUUCUAAAAUCUGCUAGAAUUUCGGUCCUUGUCAAUGGUAGUCCAGAAGGUUUCUUCAGUAUUGAUAGGGGGCUUCGUCAAGGAGAUCCAUUGUCACCUCUUAUCUUUGUGUUGAUUGAGGAUGUCUUAAGCAGGAAUAUCACAAAGUUCUUUAAAGAGGGCAAGAUGACUCAUAUGGUUAAUAGAAAAGGUAUAGCUCCUACCCAUCUAUUUUUUGCUGAUGACAGUAUGAUUUUUUGUAAAGGUAACAUGAAGAGCUUGAGAAAUCUGGUUGAUUUGUUGAGAAAUGUCGCAGAACACUUUGAGAAACGACAAAAUAGGUGCGAAGAUAUGGAACUAAAGUACGAAGGAGGUCAUUGUACAAGACGCAGAGAGUAA